AUGGUCGCAAUUAAGAGGGCAAAAUGGGCUGUGUUGUGUUUGUUGUCAAUGGCUUCUGCAGAAGUUGAAUACCGAUGCUUUGUUGGUGGGCUUGCUUGGGCCACCGACAACGAUGCUCUUGAGAAAGCCUUCUCACAGUAUGGCGAGAUCAUCGAAUCGAAGGUCAUCAAUGACCGUGAAACUGGAAGGUCGAGAGGGUUUGGAUUUGUCACCUUCGCCACAGAGCAGGCUAUGAAAGAUGCUAUUGAAGGAAUGAAUGGCCAGAGCCUCGACGGCCGUAACAUUACCGUCAACGCGGCUCAGUCCCGUGGAAGAGGAGGUGGUGGUUACGGAGGUGGAGGUGGUGGAGGAUACGGAGGUGGUGGAUACGGUGGCGGUGGUGGAGGUUAUGGACGCGGUGGAGGAGGAGGUGGUUAUGGUGGAGGUGGCCGCCGUGAAGGUGGCUAUAACCGCAACGGUGGUGGUGGAGGUUAUGGUGGAGGAGGUGGUGGUGGAUACGGAGGAGGUGGUGGUGGAUACGGAGGCGGUGGGAGGGACCGUGGAUAUGGUGACGGUGGGUCUCGUUACUCCAGAGGAGGUGGUGCUUCGGACGGUGGAAGCUGGAGGAAUUAG